GAUCCGGCCGGGUGACCACCGCCUACGGGGGUGAGAAGGGGGCUGGGCUAGAAGGGUGGGGGAGGUGGGGCUGAAACGGAACUUCAUUGUUCGCGGGACCCACUCUUCCCGAAAGGGCCCGUUGGCAGCGCCUGCGCGCUGCGCGCCCUUUGUGCCUGGGCUGCUGCAAGCGGCUUGUUUGUGUGCCUCUCCGAGGAGGCGGUGGAGGCGGGGCCGGAGGGGCGUGGCCGUCCAACUCCUGUUCUGAUUGGGCCCUGGCCGGGAGAGGUGGGCGGGCUCGGGGCGGAGCUUAGGAUAACAACACUCGGCGCCCGGGCUGGAGCUAUUUGUUGCUGCGCCGCCUUCCCUCGGUGGACCAUGUCCUGCGCUUCUUUCCGGCUCUCUUAGCAGCAGCCGCCGGCUCCGCUCCCUCCGCUUCCUGCCGAGCCGCUUCUCCCUCUCUGCGCGCUAUGACCGUCGUCUCCGUCCCGCAGCGGGAGCCGCUCAUCCUGGGCAGCCGCCUGGCGCCGCUGGGCUUCCCCGCCCGAGGUUACUUCGGGGCCCUCCCGAUGGUGACCUCGGCCCCGCCGGCCGUCCCUCGGAUCCCGGACCCCCGUGCGCUGCCGCCCACCCUCUUCCUCCCUCACUUCCUGGGGGGCGACGCGCCGUGCCUGAGCCCUCCGACGCGCGCCCCGGCACCUCCCCUUCCCAACGGCAGCUUCGCCGCGGCCGGGGCCACCCCGCGGGCCGCCCCGAAGAAGCGGCGGAAGAAGAAGGUGCGGAGCAGCCCGGCGGGGCAGCUCCCCAGUCGCUUCCACCAGUAUCAGCAGCACCGGCCGAGCCUGGAGGGCGCGCGCAGCCCCGCGGCGGGCGCCGGCGGGACGCAGGAAGGGCCCGAGCAGGCCGCCGCCGCCGCCGCGUCCGGCCCGACUCCCGCGCGCACCAGCCGCCCGGAGGAAGCGGCGGGCCCCUUCCCGGGCCUCGCGCCGCCCGGCCACCCUGCGCUCCGGAGAGAGGUUUUAAAAACAAAGAUGGGAAAAUCAGAGAAAAUUGCCAUUCCCCAUGGCCAACUUGCUCAUGGUAUACACUUUUGUGAACAACCAAAGAUAAGCAGACAGAAAAACAAAUACAACUUGCCACUAACGAGGAUCACCUCUACAAAAAGAAAUGAGAACAAUUUUUGGCAGGAUUCUGUUUCAUCGGAUAUAAUUCAGAAGCAGGAAAAAAAGCCUUUUAAAAAUACGGAGAACAUUAAAAACAUGCAUUUGAAGAAGUCAGGAUUUCUGACUGAAGUAAGCCAAAAGGAAAAUUACGCUGGGGCAAAGUUUAGUGAUCCACCGUCUCCGAGCGUUCUUCCAAAGCCACCUAGUCACUGGAUGGGAAGCACUAUUGAAAAUUCCAACCAGAAUAGGGAGUUGAUGGCAGUACACUUAAAAACUCUCCUAAAAGUUCAAACUUAAAUUUCAGUAUGUAAACGUUCUCCUCAAACUUUUGGACACUUAAUUGGUACAGAAAAUGGAAAUUUGCCUUGUAAUGAUAUACAAGUGCAAAAGAUGAGCUAAAAAAAUUACCAACAGCUUGUAUUAUAUUUUAUAUCUUGUAAAUACUGUAUACCAUGUAUUAUGUGUAUAUUGUUCAUACUUGAGAGGUACAUUAUAGUUUUGUUAUGAAAGUAUGUAUUUUGCCCUGCCGAUGGUAGAGGUAUUUUGUAUAUAUACAGUGGAGAAAUUUUCAGUGUGUGCUAAGGCACAUGGAAGACGAUUUAUUUGCACAAGGUACUGAGAUUUUUCUCCCCCAAGAAACAGCUAUUCAGUCUCAAGGUGAAGAUCUAAAUGUGAACGUUUACUAAUGCACUACUGAAAUUUAAAUCUAUGGCACAAUCAUUGUAAACAUAGUUUUUCUAUGUUGUUCUAAAUUGAAUCUACCUUUUAAUCUAAUUAGUGAAAAAUUCUUAUUCCCAUUUUUGCCAAAAUUAAUUACUGGUUUUUGGUUUCAAUCCAUUCAAAUUUACACCUAAUUUCAAUGCCAACAAAAUCGGUUGUAAUCAAAUUUCAAAAUAAUAAUUUGGCCCUCCCCUUUUAAACUUCGUCUCGACUCUGUGUGUGUGGCUGUGUCGUGCUUGAGCGUGUGACUAGGAAAUGUGUUCUUCUUUGGUGGCUUUUAUACUAUUUAGCCUGCAAUUCAGAGGGUCUAAUAUUUUAAUACUGCUACCUUGAGGGCCAGAGAAAUAGCAUUUUGAGUUUAAGGUUGCCUUGCAGCCAGCGCAGGGACCAUAAGUGAUCCCCUGAACCCUGCUAAGAGUGGCCCCCAAGCACAGCUGGGUGUUCUCCCAAAACAAACUGCUGCCUCUAACAGGAGACAUAUCAGAUCUUAGAAAUUUUCAGAAGUAAAGGUGGUUUAAUUAGAACUUGGAGUAUAAGUUGCUCCAUAAAAUACACCUUUCUCAAAGUAUUUGGUUUACUAAAUUGAUAUUUAGAAUGGUACUUGAGAACCAAAGCAGGCAUAGUGGAACUGUCAGUAUGGAGUGACUGAGAUAGCACAACAUGCGGCUGACCCAGGUUUGAUCCCUGGCAUCUAUAUAGUUCCCAAGUACCAUCCUGAGUGAUUAUUGAGUGCAGAGCCAGGAGUAAUCCCUGAGCAAUACCCAGUGGGCCCCAAAACAGAAACAGGGGUUAUGACCUUACAUGUGCUGGCCAUUGGGAAUGACCCAUGAACAUUGCAACUGCUCCAAGCUUGAAAUACCUGAAGCUUGCUUGAAGAGAAAUACUGCAGUUUAGACAGUUUAAGAUUUCCUGCUUUGGGGACGACUUCAGGUUAAACCCAGCACCUCAUAAUGCUAGAUAUAUGUUCUAACUCUUGAGCCCUUGUAUUUUCACUUAACUCAAACUUUGCUUUACUCAGUAUAGAAAGUAUUGCAGUGAGAAAUGCUCAAACGCAACUCCCUACAUAACAGUUUUACAAAACUAAGGCUAAAACAAGGGAUUUUUCUAAAGUUGGGGUGUGUACGUAAAUUCUAUGAGGUAAAAGCGAGAAGUGUUAAGAUUAUGCGGGAAAAUUUGAGUAUCAUUUGGCAUUUGGUAAGGGGAAAGAUUUAACAUUCUGACCAUAGAAAGGUGUGUUACGAUACUAGAUUGCAAUUUUAAAAGGAACCUGGCUCAUUUGAAAAGGAGUACUAGAAGGCUAUAUUAAGGUGCUUUCAUUGGACACAGCAGCAUCACAUUAUAGUUCCCUGAGCAUCAGCAGUAAGCCCUGAAUAGUGAGGAACAAAAGUUGUAAGGCUGAAAAAAAUAGGUGAACUGCUUUGCAUGUGGUAGGCCCAGGUUUGGAACCUGGCAGCACUUGAUAAGCCCUUGAGCCCAAGCACCAAGAGAUGUGGUCCAACACUCAAGAGUUUGAAGUGAACCAAACAGGCUUUGAGUAGGCUCUAGACAGUUUAGUAACUGUAUUUUUUUUUUUUGGGGGGGGGGGGGUUGGUCACACCCGGCGAUGCACAGGGAUUAUUCCUGGCUCAUGCACUCAGGAAUUACUCCUGGCAGUGCUUGGGGGACCAUAUGGGAUGCUGGGAAUCGAACCCAAGUCGUGUGCAAGGCAAAUGCCCUAUCUGCUGUGCUAUCACUCCAGCCCCAGUAACAAUGUAUUUUAAGUUGCAUGGAGUAAAAAUAAUGCAGCCUUGUGUUUAGAUUCCAGGUUGCUAUCAUAGUGCUAAGGAUUUGACUUAAUGGAAACUCAAAAGGUCAAAACGCUGCUUAGUGUGCAGGAGCACUGGGUUCUCCCUAGCACCACAUGGUUCCCCAAACCCAAAGUUUAUUUCACACUGUUGUACGGGUUGAGACAUCCAAAACCAAGGCACCAGCUUUGUGGUUGAGGGAAGCCACAGUAUAACACUAGGAGACUAGGCUGUGUAGAGCCCAUUUCUAAGGGCAUUAACCCACUCAGAAAUUGCCCCCCCACCCCCCUUGAGCGAUGACAUCUUGAAGUCUCCACCUAGUUUCAUCCCUCUGAAGUUAGGUUUCAAUAUACCAAUUGGGACAACACGGUUUUUCCUUCCUCUUCACUCAUUGGAGUCUUGAAAUCAUUUCUUUCUCAUUCUAUUUCCAAUCCCACACCAAGAGUGCCAGAAUUCUGAACAAAGGGCCUCCUAGCACAGGCAAACAAGUGCUCUACUAUCAAGCUCUGUUCCCAGUCCUCUGUUGUUUUUUACUUUUGGGUUUUUGGACCACACCUGGUGAUGCUCAGGGAUUACUCCUGGCUCCGUGCUCUGGUAUUACUGCUGGCAGUGCUCAGGGAAACAGGAUGCCAGGGAUGGAACCCAGGUCAGCUGCAUGCAAGGUAAGCCCCUUGCCCAGUGGUCUCUCCAGCUGCUCCAUUGUUUUAUUUAGCUUUAUGGGUGUGUAGCAAAUGUGUAGCCACAAGUUUCAGACCAGCUUUAGUUUACUAGCUUAAAUUUCAACCAGCUUGGUAAAGUAAUCCGAGGGGUAGAAAUGUGUAAGCUGAUCAGUUAAGGCAUUCCCAGCUCGGCAAGGAGUGACCCCUGAACAGAGUCAGGAGUAAGCCCUGAAUACUGCCAGGUGUGGCCCCAAACAAAAUAUAGUUUGUGAGUGAAAAAAGUUAUGGGGUGGAGAGUGAGCUCUGGGAGUACAGACUCCACAUGCAGAGGCCCUUUUCUUUGCCAGCAUUACUUGAUCUCCCAAGAAAUUCAAGGUGUCACCCCCCAAAAAAAGUUAAAUGUAGUAGUACUUCACUACAGACUACAUAAUUGCUGGUGGUUGGUAGUUCCCUCUCCCCCACUGGCUGGCUACACUUGGUGAUGCUCAGGGGUUACUCUUCCUGCACUCAAGUUACUCCUGGCAGUGUUCAGGGGACCAUAUGGAAAGCUGUGUUGAAAUGGGAUCAAGGAAAAUGCCCUACCCGCUGUACUACUACUCCAGCCUCAAUGUAAUUACUGUUUUUUGAGAAUGAAGUUGCUUUUACAUAAGCCUAUACAACAGAGGAAGUUUAAAUGCACAAUGCACAGCAUAGUUUAGUGACUAAAAAGAACUUGAUUUGCAUUGAUCUCGGUAUUUUAUUGAUUACUGUCCUCUGAUAGAUAAAAAUUAAUGAUGGCUGAAUUAUACUACUGAAGUGACAGAUGCCAUUCUUCAGUUUGAAGGUGGUUUUGAAGAAUAUAUUAAAUCAUCAGAAUGUUUUGUCCACA